AUGGCUCCGGGAUCCAGGCCCGGCCGGGUGAGGCCGAUAGAGGUGGCGGCCGACACGAAGAGAAACUUCAUCCCCAUGGUGAAGGCGAACUACGCGGAAAUGUUUCCCCCGUACUCCAUCUUGUAUCGCCAGCCGACAGCCCAGCUGGCGAUCUCACGCCGCACUCUCAGCACGCGCCCCCCUGCGUUCCACUUCGUCGCCGAGGACCCCAUCAUGACGGCGAUAUCCUACGGCGCCGUCGAUAGCCAUGCGAGCGAGUCCGCUGGGGGGCCUCGAAUCCGCGUCCCCUUUCUAUGCGCCGCCAACGAGCGCCGCCCCGGUGGAGACUGGGAGACGGGCUGCUCGGUGUACGAGGAGACGCUCUGCCGUCGAAGCAACCUUUCAGCUACGCUGAGCACCCCCUGGCCCAGUACCGGCGAGACGUCCAACUAUCCCAUCCCCUCCACCGGCGGUAUCCUGUCCGAUUGUGUCGUCGUCUGUCGAGGACCCCACGGUCGAUAUGAGAGGCUGGAACGUUGGUACGACUUGCCCGUCGUCUCCGUCUCGCCACCUCGUUGGCCGAAGCUCAAGGAGAACGGAUCCAUGUAUUCGUUUUCCGAGGAGCGUGACCUGAUGCGGGAGAAGAUGCGCGGCGCGCUACGCAUCUGCCUCUACAACAACUACGACCGCGUCGUCAUUGGUGACUUUGGGCUCGGCAACAACUACCGAAACCCCCCUCGGGAGGUUGCGGAAAUCUGGCGAGACGUCUUCCUCUUCGACCCCGACCUACGCGGCCAGUUCACCUACGUCAUCUUCGCCUUCGAGGACCCGUCGCAAAGCACGGAACGCUCGAUUCUUGAUGAAAUAGCCAAGAAAGACAAAAGGAGAGGCUCUGCUGGCCGGUCGCGGGAUGGGUCCUCGGCAUCCAGCUCGACCUCGUCGUCGAGAUGCUACGCGCCCACGGAUAUGGCCAUAUUCCAACAUGUAUUUGACCCGGUCGAGAUCCAGCGUGUUCUCAGCAGCCCAGAUCCGCGCUACGGCUUGGACAUGAUUACGUCCUGA